CGAAUUGUGUACGAAAAAAAGUGGCAUGUGUUUGUUCACUCGUCUUGGGUCAUGGGAACUGCGGUAUCCAAAAGGAAGAAUUUGAGGAGUGACGCGAUUUCUUCCGUUGCAGCAAAAGUUCGAGCAGCCAGAGCCUUCAGCGAAUACCUGUCCACCUCCAGCCCCGAGAACCACAACGGAGCACAUCACCUUCUGGCUGACACCUUCACCGUCCCAGAUUACGAGUCUCCAACCAUCACCCGCUUACAUAACAACAAUCUGCCUCCUCAGAACCAUUGUCUACCCAAACCCAACCACAGCACCCAGCCCCAGAGAAGCACCCAACAGAACCAGGCACCCGUGGGACCCUCCAAACGCCGACUGUCCACCGAGCACAGCAUUUCAUCAGAGGAUCAGACGGUAGCACCCGCCUCCAGAGAGAAGCCUUCGCGCGUGUACACCAUCACCCGAGAAGGAAGCAUGACUCUGGGAGGACGGGGCAGUGAGGAGAGCCUGGAGCUGGAGGUGCUCAAGACGUCAAGGGAGCAGUCUCAGGCCCAGGCUCCUGUCGCCCCCAACACAUCCUGCACCAGCCAGCCUUCUCGCAGCACCAGCACCCAUCACAGGAGCAGCCAUCACCGGAGCAACCAUCACCACGGUAACCAGCAUCAAAGCGGCGGCGGCGGCGGUGGCGGUGGCCCCUCCUCCUCCCAGCCUCUGAAGAGUUCGGGCAGCGCCAGUAACAUCCGGGACUGGGGGCUCCGGAGGGGGGGCUCUCGAGAGGAGUACACGCCCGACUGCGUGGCCUGUAUCCGGGCCCCGUGUCAGAGCCAGAGGUCCCUGGAUCUGGACAUCCCGCCGCGGGACGGAGGGAAGCCACGCAAGAAACUGGAGAGGAUGUACAGCGAAGAUAGAGCGCUGUCGGAAGACAGGGAGGACGGACCCAACAGCUGGUUUCCCAAAGAGAACAUGUUUAGUUUCCAGACCGCCACUACCACCAUGCAAGCAAUCUCGGCUUUCCGGGGCAUUGCUGAGAGAAAGAGGAGGAAAAGAGAGCAGGAGGCGGCCACUGCGAUGGAGAGGAAUUUUCGAAAACACCUGCGAAUGGUGGGCAGCCGUCGAGUCAAAGUCCAGACCUUCGUGGACCGCCGGGCCAAGAGCUUCAGCCGCUCCUGGAGUGACCCCACCCCCGUCAAGCCCGAGUCUCUGCAUGACUCCAGAGACAGCGGGGACUUGCAGACGUCCACGGGGGCUCUGGACGAGGGCCUGGGGGAGGACGCAGACUGGGAGGAGGAGAGGGAGCAGGAGAGAGCGGCCUGCGACGGAGAGGACUUCAUCCCUCCUAAAAUCAUGCUCAUUUCAUCCAAAGUCCCGAAGGCCGAAUAUGUCCCCAACAUCAUUCGCCGUGACGACCCCUCCAUCAUCCCCAUCCUCUAUGACCAUGAACACGCCACUUUUGACGACAUUCUCGAGGAGAUCGAGAAGAAGCUCACGGCCUACAGGAAGGGCUGCCGCAUCUGGAACAUGCUUAUUUUCUGCCAGGGAGGACCAGGACACCUGUAUCUGCUGAAGAAUAAAGUGGCCACAUUCGCUAAAGUGGAAAAGGAGGAAGACAUGAUCCAGUUUUGGCGGAGACUGAGCAGACUGAUGAGCAAACUCAACCCAGAGCCAAACCUCAUACAUAUUAUGGGAUGUUACGUACUGGGCAGCGCCAAUGGAGAAAAGCUAAUCCAGACACUGAAGAGGCUGAUGAGACCCUCCGCAGUGGAAUUCAAGUCCCCACUGGAGCUGUCUGCGCAGGGUAAAGAAAUGAUCGAGACCUACUUUGACUUCCGCCUGUUCCGCCUGUGGAAGAGUCGCCAACACUCUAAACUCCUGGACUACGAUGACCUCUUGUGA